AUGGACAAAAGGCAAUUGAUUGGAAGCGCGACGAGGUAUUUGGCGGGCCGUCACGCUGUCCAAACCGUAUAUUGGAGGAAAUCAGCUGACGGUGGCAACGGCCUUGUUAAGACUACGAAGACGACAUUCUUCGGGAAGAACGAAGGCCCAAACAAAGUGGAUUCAGCUGAAAUGUUCGCGAGAGUUAGAGAAAGCGCUGUUUUCAACAAGGAAAAUUAA